AUGGCUUCAUUGUCUAAAACAAAGACAAUAGCGGCUUCAGCUAAUCCAACGACGACAGCGGCAACUGCGUCGACCAGUCAGACAUCGGGAUCGAUAUCGACAGCUCCACUGUCAUCUACUUUGACUUCAGGAGCACAGAGAGCGAGCACACAACCGACGUCGACAGGACCCAAGGCAUCAACAGUGCCGUCAUCAUCGACCACGGCGACAGCUACACAGUCGUCAGUACCAAAGUCGACAGCUCAGAUUGGGAGUACUCAACCAACUUCAACAGUGCCCACGGCGACGCAGCCACCAGUUGCUCUACAGACACCUCCGACAUCCAAAAGUGUUCCAUCCGUUCCUUCAAGACACGUAGUCGCAAUGCUGAACAAAGUGGAAAUGGAGAAGUUCACAGGCGCUGAAGGACCGAUGUGGGAAUCCUGGAUAGACCGCUUCGAAGAUUACUUAGCGGUAACCUACCCGACGAUGACAGCAGAUGACCAAAAGGCUAAAAUAUUGAGAUUUUUCCUCGAUGGUCCUGCCCAGGCAUUCAUCGAGACAUUGCCAUCAAGCACUUCUUAUAAAGAAAUCAACGAUUACUUGAAGGCCAAGUUCAGUUCGGAAACAAGAAGAAUCACAGCUCGAGCUCUGUUAUCCGAAUGUCGCCAACUUCCUGGAGAAUCUGUCAUUGCCUUCGUGGAUCGACUAACAAGAACCUUUCACAUGGCAGUGGGAAGAACCUUAACUCAGAAGGCCUUCGAGGAACGCUUGGCUCAAGAAUUCAUCGAAAAAGUCCGAACUGAUGUUCGCUUCCAACUCAUGACCCAAGGAACGACAGACUUGAGUGCAGCCAUCGAGAAAGCAAGAACCCUGGAAAGCUUCCUGCCAGCACAGCCUCUACAUGAUCAGCUCCCGCCAGUGAAUUGGAGCCGAAACGAAACAAGCCAAUGGACAAGACCACAAGAAGUCGCAAAUCGAAAUCAGAUCAAUCGAUAUGAUCAUAGCGACCACGAAAGAUUUCUCGUCCAACGAAGUCGUGAAAGAGACGAAGAACGCUACAGCGAAAAACGACGGAGCUCUCCACCAUCAACGUCAUCAUUUGAACGAGCUCAACAUGAAGCGCAAAACGACCAUCUCCGAAACCGUUCUCGUUUCGAGAGAACGCCCAGCCGAUUCAACGACGAAGCAGACGAAUUGAAAAUGCGUGCUCUAGAAGCUCAACUGCACGGUUUGAAGCUGGAAAACCGAGAACUCGCAAGAAUCCUGACAGGCGAGACGCCAACACUUUCGACUGAGCAAGAAGAGACCGCGGAAAAAAAAAAGCUCGCCAAAACGCAAGGAGCUAAAAAAAAAAAAGAACAAGCCAAAGAAGACGUCAAUGAAGCCGAAGCAGACGUCAAUGAAGCAGAAGAAAAGAAGACGCAAAAACGAGAGUGA